GCAGGCCUGGCCAGCUCAGAGGACUCUCUGUCCACAGUAUAAAUGAAAACACUGCUGGCCCAUGUCUGGCAGGGAUGUAGAGGGCAGCCUCAGAGGCACUGGGCACUCCCGGCACCAUGGAUGACGCAGCCGUCCUCAAGCGACGAGGCUACAUCAUGGGGAUAAACUUAGGAGAGGGCUCGUAUGCCAAAGUCAAAUCCGCUUACUCUGAGCGCCUAAAGUUCAACGUGGCGGUCAAGAUCAUCGACCGCAAGAAAGCCCCCACGGACUUCCUGGAGAAAUUCCUUCCCCGGGAGAUUGAGAUUCUGGCCAUGCUAAACCACCGCUCUAUUGUCAAGACCUAUGAGAUCUUUGAGACGUCAGAUGGCAAGGUCUACAUUGUCAUGGAGCUUGGGGUCCAGGGUGACCUCCUUGAAUUCAUCAAAACCAGAGGAGCCCUGCAAGAGGAUGAUGCUCGAAAGAAGUUCCACCAGCUCUCCUCGGCCAUCAAGUACUGCCACGACCUGGAUGUCGUCCACCGAGACCUCAAGUGUGAGAACCUUCUGCUUGACAAGGACUUCAACAUCAAACUGUCUGACUUUGGCUUCUCCAAGCGCUGCUUGCGGGAUGAUAGUGGUCGGCUGACAUUAAGCAAGACCUUCUGUGGGUCAGCAGCUUAUGCGGCCCCCGAGGUGCUGCAGGGCAUCCCCUACCAGCCCAAGGUGUAUGACAUCUGGAGCCUGGGUGUGAUCCUCUACAUCAUGGUCUGUGGCUCCAUGCCCUACGAUGACUCCAACAUCAAAAAGAUGCUGCGCAUCCAGAAGGAGCACCGCGUCAACUUCCCACGCUCCAAACACCUGACUGGUGAGUGCAAGGACCUCAUCUACCGAAUGUUGCAGCCAGAUGUCAACCGGAGGCUGCACAUUGAUGAGAUCCUCAGCCACUGCUGGGUGCAGCCCAAGACUCGAGGUCUGUCCUCUGGAGCCAUCAACAAGGAAGGGGAAAGCUCCCGGGCCGCUGAGCCCUCAUGGACCCCUGAACCUGGUGCUGAUAAGAAGUCUGCCACCAAGUUGGAGCCUAAGGAAGAGGCACGAGCUGAGGCCCAAUCUGAGACAAAACCCCAGGAAGAUAAUGUGCAGGUGGCCAGGCAGUCAGAGAACGUGGGCCUCAGCAGCGAACUGAACAGGGCCACAGAGGAAGGGCAUCCCCAACAGCCUUCAGAGACACAUACUUAGUGAGCCUCUUGCAGCCCAGGGGGCCAGCAGGGAAGGAGGCAGAGCUCAUGGCUUGAAGCCUGAGCCUAGAAGUCAAGGGACGAGAGAGAGAAGGAAGACACUCCCGGAUGAGCUAUUUUCGUCACUUUCUUCUCCCCCUCCUUUGAACUUGGUAACUCACAUGGCUAAAGAAGCAAUAAACCACUAUAUGGGUGCACACCCUCAGGUGAA